AUGAAGUUCGUCACUCUGCUUGUGUUUCCCUUCGCGGCUGCUCUCGCUAGCACUGUACCCUUCAAGGGCUGCCAGCAAAAGGUGAAAGAGAGUAUCCACGGCCCACCCCGCGGGUGGUACAAGCAUGCUCCCGCACCAAAGCACCACAUGCUCGAGCUCAAGAUCGCUCUUUCUCAGCCCAGGUUUCCGGAACUUGAGCAGCACCUCUGGGAGAUAAGCGAUCCUAGCCACGCACGUUACGGGGCGUACUUGUCGAAGCAGGAGACUGAGACACUCAUGGCCCCCCACCCUGAGACUCUGGCCGUCGUCAGUGAAUGGCUUACCUUACACGGUCUGGCAGAAGAAGAAGUUAUCCAUUCAUCCGCACGUGAUUGGGUCACUAUUCGUGUCCCGGUCGGUCUCGCAGAAGAGAUGCUGGAUACUACAUACCAUGUUUAUAAACACGCUGAGACUGGAGAAAUCAUCCUCAGGACUACGAGCUACAGUCUCCCUGACAUCUUGCACCAUCAUGUUGAUCUUAUUCAGCCUACGACCAUGUUCGCUCGUUUCAAGGCAUUCAAGAGCACACUGCACUGGAAUAACCAGGCACAGCCUGCGGCGCCAUGCCCGCCGGGCGAAACAAUCACGGGGCCUGCAGGCAAUCCCGUCGAUGCGAGCUGCAACUCUACGAUUACCCUUUCUUGCUUGAGACAGUUGUAUAAUGCAGAGAACUAUAAAACAACCGCCACAAACUGCAACAAGCUAGGUAUCACUGGUUAUCUUGACCAGUAUGCAAAUAAUAAGGACCUUCAGCAAUUCUACCUGGCCCAAAAUCCUUCCGCUUGUGGUUCGAAUUACACUUUGAUUUCUAUUCAUGGCGGAAAGAACAACCAGAGCUAUGAGGCGGCAGGUGAUGAAGCCAACCUUGAUACUCAGUUUGGUUUCGGACUCGUGUGGCCCACUCCCGGAACGUUCUACACGACUGCUGGUCAGCCUCCUUACAUCCCCGACCUGGUGGACCCGACGAAUCUAAAUGAGCCAUACACAUACUGGCUUGAACACUUACUUUCACAGAAUGAUAUUCCUCAGACAAUCUCUACCAGUUACGGUGAUAAUGAACAAACUGUCCCGUACACCUAUGCGACCCGUGUUUGCGCUGGUAUGGCGUCUCUCAGUGCUCGCGGUGUUUCUUUGUUGUUCUCCUCUGGUGAUGGUGGUGUUGGUGAUGGCAAUCCCGACCCUGCCACUCAAUUAUGUAAAUCCAAUGAUGGGCGCAAUGUUACAAAAUUCCUACCGGUAUUCCCCGCUUCCUGCCCAUACGUGACUGCUGUUGGUGGUACUGUCAACAUCCCAGAGACUGCCGCGUCUUUGUCUGGUGGUGGAUUCAGCGACUAUUUUGCUCGUCCUGCGUACCAGGAGGCUGCUGUCUCUGAAUACUUAGCGAUGCUCGCUCCCGGUACGUUCAAAGGUCUCUAUAACUCGACCGGACGUGCAUAUCCCGACGUGGCAGCACAAGCAGAAUCCUUCUCUAUCAUUUAUCAAGGUCAGGAGAAUUCAGCCACUGGUACAUCCUGUGCUUCCCCCGCCUUUGCCGGAUUUGUAUCCAUGUUGAACGACGCACGCAUCAAUGCUGGAAAGACUCCUCUUGGCUUUUUGAAUCCAUUGUUAUAUUCCACUGGCUACACUGCAUUAAAUGACAUCACCCAAGGGAACAACCCAGGAUGUGGAACUCUGGGCUUCAAUGCCACUGUUGGAUGGGAUCCUGUCACUGGACACGGCACACCCAACUUCGAAAAAUUGAAGGCCUUGGUUUUGGCCUUGCCUUAA